AUGAGGUCGACACGGUUAUUAGGGGCCGUUUUGCUGAUGCUUGGCACGGCGGCAGCCCAGGCUCAGCCGACACCCACUGACGCUGCGACCACGACGUCCCAGCCGUCACAAUCGCCUUCACAGACAUCGACGACGAGUAGCAGAGGCAGCAGCCAAACUAUGUCCCUGCCGCCCAUCACCAGCGCAAGUAUAGCACCAGGUGCGACGGGACUUCCGACCCUAUCAAGGACCACGGACGCCGUUCCGACAUAUCCACCUCCGGCCGUGCCACCGACCUCGCAAGCGCCCUUCAUGCAGCGCUCCAAUCUGCCCCAAGGCACCGUUUUCAUUGCCGUCGGAGCCAUCCUGGGCGCAUUCGGGCUGACGGUCCUCAUGUGGCGCGCCGUCAUAGCCUGCCUGCUUCACCGCGACGUCGAGCGAGCCGCCGCCGCCCAGCACAUGGCCACCACCAACAAGGCUGCGGCCUUCCCUGCGCCGCCACCGCCCUUUUACAAGUCGUACAACGACAGCGGCUCGAACCCGAACCUCUUGUCCAGCAACACCGGUCUCAAUAGUGCCGGCCCCGGCCCCGGCGCUCCCGGCCAGUUUUCCUCGGCGUCGCUGGGCAGGGGCGUCCGCCGCACGAACCGCGGGCCCACGCCCUCUGCUACGCCAUCUGCUUCGAACCUCUUCUUCUCUCCGACGGCGGCGCCUGGUCAGGCCGGCAGUGGGAGCAACCGGGACAGCCGAUUCCUUCCCUCGGGCUUCUACGCCGCGGGUGCGGGACAGUCGUCGCCUGGCGGGCCGCGCCACGAGCACAACAUCUCGCUCUCCAACUUGCGGCCGGAUAGCCGCGGGCACGCGCGCGCCGUUACACCGCCCGACGACUCGCCUCAGUUUGGACCAUCGGGAAGCCCCUCGCACAUGCCGCAGCCGCACCAUCACCACCACCAGCAGAGGAACGUCAGUACUAGUACCAUCAACCUCAACAACCCGGCUCAGGGGCGCACGCCAAGUGCUUACCUCGAGGACAUGCUCGACGACCCAAAUUCGCAGUUGCACUACCUCCCCGGUGGCGCCAGGGCAUCGGGGCAGAACCAGCCGCUUAACGGUGGGAGGGCUUAA